UCUCAAAUCUGGCCAUUUGUCCUAUAAAUACCAUCUCUCUCUUAUAGUUAUAGGGAGUAAAUAUUGCCGUGGAGGACAGCUCUUCGUUCUAAUUUGUUCUCAUUUUGUUUGUGCGGAGGUAGAUCCCGCAUUUGCUCUUGGCUCUUUUCUCAGACGUGAAACAAUGGGGCUGUCUUUCACUAAGCUGUUCAGCCGACUCUUUGCUAAGAAAGAGAUGCGUAUUCUGAUGGUGGGUCUUGAUGCUGCUGGUAAGACCACCAUCCUCUAUAAACUCAAGCUCGGAGAAAUUGUCACAACCAUCCCUACCAUUGGAUUUAAUGUGGAGACUGUGGAGUACAAGAAUAUUAGCUUCACUGUGUGGGAUGUUGGUGGUCAGGACAAGAUUCGGCCUUUGUGGAGACAUUACUUCCAAAACACACAAGGGCUUAUCUUUGUGGUUGAUAGCAAUGACAGAGAUCGUGUGGUUGAAGCUAGGGAUGAGCUGCACAGGAUGUUGAAUGAGGAUGAGCUGAGAGAUGCUGUACUGCUUGUAUUUGCAAACAAGCAAGAUCUUCCAAAUGCAAUGAAUGCUGCUGAAAUAACUGAUAAGCUUGGCCUUAACUCUCUCCGACAACGCCACUGGUACAUCCAGAGCACAUGUGCCACCUCUGGUGAAGGGCUAUACGAGGGUCUGGACUGGCUCUCGAACAAUAUUGCAAAUAAGGCAUAAAUGGCUCAAUUCUUGAGUUUUGGAUUGCAACAAUUGCUCGAAUACACAUUUGGUAGUGCCCCUUUUGUUCCGGUUUCUUUUUUCCUUAGUACCACCUUUAGCGGUUGUACCUGUUUAACCGUGUUUGUUAUCCCUUCUGCAGACAUUGUAAUUUGUUUCUUGUAGCUUCAGAAUAAUUCAGAAAUUUCCGUUGUUCUUGUCA